AAGAAAUAUGGCAUGGCACUGGUGGAGGACAUGCACUCCAGAAAUCUUGGUGUGAGGUAUCCUGUCAUCCCACUUGAUGCCCAGGAUCCGCUGGAGGAAACAGAUGUUGAGAUGCAGGUGGCGUUAUAGAUGGCAACCUUAUGGUUCGAAGAUUGUGGUUGGAGAAGACAUGUAAGCAGAGACGAGGAGGCUUGCUUGAACUGAUUUGUGAUCUCUUCAGUCACGGAGACAUCAUCGUAUAUCAUGCUUCCGAGAUACAAAAAGGAGUAGGUGUUCUCCACUGGUGCAUUUCGUACUACGAUGAUCGAGGAGGGUUUGUUGUGAUGAAACACUGUCUGCAGGGUCAAUGUAUUCGAGAUACUGAUUUCCAGGCCCAUCCAAGAUGAUGCCUCCUUGUCUAAGGACGCAACGAUCCUCUGCAGGCCUGUUGGGUGAAGAUCUAGACCGGUAGCAUCAUCAACAUACUGGAGCUCAAAGAGGACUGUGGAGGUGGUCUUGGAGCGAGAUGCAAGCCAUGGGAGGUUGAAGACAUUACUGUCCAGAUGGUAUUGAAUAUGUGCUCCGUCAGAGGUUGAAGACAGUACUGUCCAGAUGGUAUUGAAUAUGUGCUCCGUCAGUCACGUUGAGCGUGUUUCUGGAGAGGAGAGUGACAGCAAUGAGGUAAAUCUUGAAGAGUACUGGUGUGAGUAAGCAGUCUUGCUUGACGCCAACUGUGGCUUCAAUCUGCCAACAUGCAUCAGGAAUGCAUAAUUUACAGUUAUAUUGACAGAUUGGAUCAACUUCUCCCUGUACCUCACUGAUCUGGCUGCUAGAAAUGUGGUCAGCAAAACUCUUCUCAACUGACUGUAAUCCCUUCUAAAACUGAGAUGACAUACAGUCUGCAGAUGUCAGGCUAAUGAAAGGCCAGUCUUAAUGGAAUACUGUUUAAGAUUUAGUAGUGAUGUGUGUUGAUAGUUGGCAGUAAGGACAUUAGGAAAAAAAUAAUUCACUUGUCUUAGUAUAGUGUAAAUCAGGAUUUGUUUAAUGCACAAAGGGGUGAAUUGGAGGUGACUGCUCUUUUAGUUUGGGUUCAACAAUGCCAUUCAAAAUAUUUUGCCCCCACUACUUUGCUCUGUACUUCCUUCGUAAUUGUAGAAUUGUAAUUUAAUAUACUUGUAAUAAGGGUACAUUUUUGUUCAUUAUACUACAUUUUAUUGUAACAUUUCAUCAGUGUUUAAUUUGUCUGUUUUAGUAAAAACUGGAGUGAAAUAAAAACCCUCUGCAUUUUUGACUUGUCUAACCAUGUCUGACCUCUAAAUGUUUACCAGGCAAUGCAAAAUAAUUAUGUAACUCCUGCAGUUCUCCUGCCGGCUUAGAUAAGUUAUAAUAUGUAGUUUAGUUCACACUACACAUCUAAGCCCAGGUAAGGAAAGUGUGUGAGUGUAUUUUCUCCUCAUUCGUUUUGAAAUGGUGCCUACAUAUGCUGGGGUGCGGUGCUUUAAGAAGCAGGCGCGCUCUCGGUUGUUGUAAAGUAGAAGGGCUCUGCGCUGAUCGGGGAUGGCCAGCACUGCAGCUCAUUCAGUAGGUCCAUGAGCACGAUCACAGUACCCGAAGUUUCCAGGCGCGGAACUUAUGUGAAGCCGUGCAACCACCUCAGACAACUCUGCAGAGAUUACAGCUGCUCGUCCUCCUCCAGUGAGCAGAUGUACAACAGGGCCUUCGUCAGAUCAUUUGGCAGUGCCUCGGGUGUGUAGAGGAAGGAAGUGAAGGAGGAACGGCGAGAGGAGGAGAGGAGUGACAGGAGGCCCCGGCUCCGUCACCGCCACCGGCACCGCCACCCCUGCCUGGCUCUGUUCCAGGCUCCUCAUGCCUCAGCGCAGCAGCACGGCAGCCGCAGCAGCACCCGCCCAGAUCCUGCUCCCCACUACACCACCGCAGCCCAGACGCCCCACCUGUGGCUGAGCGCAGACAUUGUGUCACAGGGAAUCAUCCUGAUCGGCCGGCGGCUGCCUCUGACUUCCCCUCCAGGCCUUACCUCUCCAUCCCCCCAACCUGGCCGCCGUCUCCCUAAAACCCACUAUCCCGACGGUCUGCAAGUUCUGCCGCUGGCCCCCUUGGAGGAUGAGCGAUGUCCCCACCCUGGACUUUGAGCUCUUCCCCGAAGCCGCUGCUGCACGUGCCCCCCAGCAGCGACCCGUCCUCGGGGGCGGACGCCGAGCAGGGGACGGCCUUCGCCUUCGUGGGCCUCCUGAUGCUCUUCCUGGUCUUCCUGCUGGUGCGCUGCUUCCGCAUCCUGCUCGACCCGUACAGCCGCAUGCCCUCCUCCUCCUGGACCGACCACAAGGAGGGGCUGGAGAGGGGCCAGUUUGACUACGCGCUGGUGUAGCCUCCGAACGGGACUGGCGCUGAUGAGAAGCCUGGAUCAGUGAGAGGGGGGAGGGGGGGGGGG